UCCUUAGCCAAAUGACAAAUUGUAUCCUUCAUAAUGUGGAACGAUGAAUGGAGUUAUCAUAUUUGGUUUGGACACGAAUGUGUCUACUAUCGUGUUUUUACUUAUGAAAAAGUAACAAUAAGUCCGCCGUGAGCCGUGCUUCAAAAGUGACAUACACGUCCAUUUCCCUGAAUAGGGUGCGUCAGAGCAAAGUGCUUUGCGUGGUUACGCUCAACUCGCGUGUGACGAUGCUGAGUGACAAGUUUGAAAAAAUGACGGACUAUAUCGUUGCACGUUACAAGGAUAUCGAAAAACGCAUUCUGCGCAGUCUUGCUAGUAGCGGUAUACAGCACCGGACAGGAGCUAGCUCUGGCUUAUGGUUGGGUCCUUUAACAGGGUUGAGUGCCACAGCGACCAUUCUUAACGAAAGUGUUGGUGCAGGCUACUCUGAAAUAUGCUUAUUAACAGGAAUCACAGGAAUAGGCCUUGCAGUGGCUUGCGUGUGUCUCUAUGGCCGGUUGGCAAUGAAAAAAGUUGUUGUAAAAGACUUUCAACUUGUAUACUUUCUACCAGCUAUGAUAACGUCCAUCCUGUAUCUGCUUCUUGGGAACAAAGGACUACUGGUGAGUGUGGCAUGGGGUUUGGGUGUAGGAAUUCUUGGUACAUGGGGAGUCUUACAAUCCAUGGCCUGCUUUCCUCAUUGUUUCACGAUCGGUGAAGCGUCGGCUGUUGUGCAUGGUAUCAUUUUAUUUCUACUGUCCACCGCUGCCAAUCUUCCCUAUAGAUAUCAUUUGCCUCCGAUUCGUGAGGACAACAUUAUCACCGUGAUACUGCAAGUGGGUAUUCUGUACGUUGCAUCAAUUUGCAUAUUAUGCACAUUCUUUCCACACUUACGCGUGGGACGAAACUUUUAUGCAACAGCGUUGGGAGUACUGCUAUUAGCAGUAAUACCUCUACUGCAUAUUCUACUAGAUCAGAGCCCAUUGCAUUGGAUAAUAUUUUUUAUUUUUAGCGAUUUUAAGAGAAUCAUUCUAAUAUCGUACUGGAUGGUAUGCGUUGCAUUUGCCAUUGGAGCGAUCGCACGCCAAAUACUUUUGAAUUCCCAGGCUUCGACUGCCAUUAGAAAACAUUUUCACGUGCUGGCAGUGUUGGUAUACAUUCCAGGAAUGAUAUAUGAUCCAUCGUUGCUUUAUCUGGCAAGCGGGACAAUAAUGUGCCUGUUCCUGAUGCUUGAGAUAAUUAGGAUAUUGGGCCAACCGCCACUGGGUGACCUGCUUCAAAAAGGAUUUUCCGUUUUUGCCGACAAUAAGGAUUCGCUUGUCUCGUUAACGCCUCUCUACCUUCUUUGCGGUUUGUCCUUUCCCUUAUGGAUGCCAGCGAGUAACCUCGACUUGUUGUCGCUUCUCAGCGGGGUCUUGACAGUUGGUCUAGGGGACACUGCUGCCAGUUUCGUUGGAAGCAAUUGGGGAAAACACAAAUGGUCUUCCUGCGAAAAGUCUAUCGAGGGAACGCUCGCUUGCAUUCUCAUCCAAUUAACGGUCGUCUAUUGCCUCGGAUAUUUCGGAUACGUGGAAGGGUUUGUGACACUGGUGAAAGCCACUCUGUCGAUAAUCGGAAUAUCGAUCGUUGAAGCACGAACCGAUCAAAUAGACAACCUGGCACUCCCUUUGCUGAUGUACCUCGCAUUAAGGAUAUGAUGACCCAAGCUGCAGGAUCUUUUAUAUUUAGUCUCAUUCCUCGAGUUACGUGACUAUAUGAAGCUCGGUACGGCGCACUGUGUGUGCGGAUCGUAUCAAUUUUAAGUAAUAAUUAUGAAGACACCAUGGUACCUCGAUCAUUGGACAGAUUCAAGAACGCCCUGCGUGAGAGUUCGUAUAAGUAAUUUGUAUCAGUUGCGUUAUUUUAACUUAUUCUUAACUUAAAAUAAUGUUUGGGUACAUUGAUCGUCUCUGAUGCGCUGUUUAUUACCGUACAGCUCGUCCGGUCGAUCAACCGCAGCAAGGUGUGCAAUAGUAAUUCAUCUAUGUAAGAUCUUUAUUUCGAAAGUCCAUAUAAGUAGAUGUGCGCAUUCCGUUUCAUGCAUUUGUCUUUUCGUUUACGACAACGCACAAAGGUAAAACUCCGUACAAGCAAAUAAACUAUUUUUCUACUUGCGGCGAAA